AUUGUAAACUUGUCGGACAGUACCUAAAAUCAUUCAAAAUAUUAUCAAUGAGUUAGUCUGCAUAAAACAGAAAUCAAAAUCAUCUAAUCUUAGAGUUUCGAUGUAACUAUUGAGUAGAUUUUAUCUACAGUUAUCAAGGAGAAAAAAAGUAGGCGUUGGAUAUUUAAAAGUGCAAUAAAAAGCUAGAAGAAUAUUAAAGACCAUCUUAUCUACAUCUUUAUCAAGUGUCUACUACGCAGAUUCUGUUAGUUUCUAACCUCUUGCUGUCAGCAAUAAUGGUGCAAAUUGCAGGAAAAUAUCAACAUGAACGAAGUGAAAAUAUUGAUGAAUAUUUUAGAACUCUCGGAGUUCCAUUUCUUGUUAGAAAAAUGAUGAGUGUUUCAUAUCCAACAUUGGAAAUAUCUCAAGAUGGAGAUAAAUUUACACUAAAAACAACUACUUUGAUCAGGACUCAAGUUUCUGAAUUUACUUUAGGAGUUGAAUAUGAAGAGAGCAUGGCAUCUGGUGUUACAUUAAAGAAUACGACAACUUUGGAAGGAGAUAGUUUAAUAACUAUUUCAAUAAGUGAUGAUGGUAAUAAAGUGACAAGAAGAUAUGAUUUCACCGAUGACGGAGUAGUUUUAACUAUGUCCCAUGAACGGAGUGAUCAAGUAGCGAAAAGACAUUUUAAAAGAGUGCAAUAAAGCAUCAACAGUCGAUGAUUAAUUGAUCAAAAUUUCUAAUACAUUUUUUUUCACUAUUUUUACUAAUUUCUAAUGUAAUAAACAAUUUGUAAGUUUUCAUAUCUAAAGGGCGUGGUCAUACCUAUCGACUAUACUUUUUCUAUUCAGCAGCACACUCGUUUCCUUGUAGGAAAUUUUAUUAUUCAUGACUUUAAUCAUGUAUCCUUUCUUAAACAUUUAAUUUUGAAUAUUAUAAAAAUAAAAAAGGCUUUUUGAAAAUUAA